AAAAAAAACUACCUGUUCCUCCACACCAAAUUCGUCGUCGUCGUCGUCUGUUGCAUGACGUCCUUGCCCUUUAAUCUUGCAGGCAAUAUGCUUCUAUGCGCCGAGGUGGAUGUGGAAAAAUUGGGAAGGUGGGAAAAUCCAUGCCCUUAUGAUGGAUCUCGACGUGGGCAUCUGCUCUGAAGUAGAGAAAAAGCAGAAGAAGAAGCUUCUGCUGGACUACCUCGCCGACAAUCUCAAACACCACAACUGGUGGGCCUACAGGUACUUCUUCUGUGAGCUCCUGGCAUUCCUCAACGUCGUAGGUCAGAUGUUCCUGAUCGACCGCUUCCUGGGAGGGACUUUCCUGACCUUCGGUUUGGACGUGAUCAAGUUCAUGGAAGAUGACCAAGAGGUGCGAGUUGACCCGAUGAUCUUCGUCUUCCCUCGUAUGACCAAGUGUUCCUUCAGCAAAUUUGGCACGUCAGGGGAGCUGGAGCGCUACGACUCCCUCUGCAUCCUGCCCAUCAACAUCGUCAACGAGAAAAUCUACAUCUUCCUGUGGUUUUGGUUUCUCCUCUUGGUGUUCCUGACGUUUUUCGUCCUGCUGUACAGACUGAUGAUCAUCCUCAGUCCUCGCAUGAGGGCCUACCUGCUCUGUCUCCGCUUCAGACUCAUCAACAAGGAGGUCAUCAACACCAUUGUCAGGAAAAGCAAGAUGGGCGAUUGGUUCCUCUUCUACAUGCUGGGUCAGAACGUUGACACCCUCAUCUUCAAAGAGGUCAUGCACGAGUUGGCCAAGAGACUGGGCCACGCCUCCAAAGACUUCGGGGAGCCUUGAACCGCCUGUAAAUAGCUGCAGGGUUUGUAACCUCGUCUGUGAUCCUACGCAACUAGUUUAAGAUAGCGUCCCAGUUAAGAGAUCCCCUCCUGUAACACAUCGUCAAGCCUACUUCAUCCAAGAUCAGUACUAUGUAGAUGUACUUUACUCAUACAGCUCAAGAUUUCCUCAAUGAUCUCUUCUUCAAGUAACAGUUGCUGUUGCUAUGCAGCAAAUUUUUUACAUGUCAGUCAGUUUUAUGGCUGUUAGAACUGGUAAAUGAUAAAGAUGAAAAUAAAUAAUUAUAUAUAAAUAUAAAUAUAAAUAUAUAUAUAUAAUGUAUAAAUAUAUAUUGUGGUGAAAGUUUUUCGGCUAUAACCCUGGUCGCGAGAAGCGUUGAGUUCAAAUGAAUGAUUGAGUGAUUGUAGAGGGUCGUCAGACCUAAGAAACCAGGAUCAUAGGGCCUCUCUGUAACAGAUUGUGUCAAGUUAUUUACCAAGUUAGGAUGGUGGACAGUAGUAUGCCUCUUAGGUAAAAUGCCACUUCCAAAGCUCCUCUUCAACACAGCUUUUCCUUACCAGUGAGCUUCUGUCAUUGCAAUCACUUCGUUCUAUAUCCCAUGAUCUCUAUUCUUGCAAGAAAUCUGCAGAAGAAAAUACAUCAUAUGAAUUGCUAUUCUUUUAUCAGCCAAAAGUACAUUUAUGAUUUAAUGAGUGAAGUAUGAGUGAAUUAAUGAUGUCUUAUUUAAAUAGUUUAAUCACAACUGUGAUUCUGCUGUCAUUCCUAAACACCAUUUCAGAGCUUUGAAUGAAUGGUGAAAAAUUGAUUAUUGUAUCUUUUUUUUUCAUUCAGAUCUUUAGUGCGCAUGUGGCGACGGUUAAAAUGUCAUGUGAUUAUAUUUUCUUGCUAAAGAUGCUUUUCAGAUAAAGACAAUAAGAAUUUUUCGAAAGACUGAAAUGCAAUUUACUUACUGUGCUCCACCCAUAAACUUGGUAUUUAUGUUUUAUAUUUCUUACUGUAUACUAACUGUACAUAACAAUUCAAAUAUUAACAGCUACGCUUUUAAGGGAUUUAAAGAGCUGUCUAUAUUUGAGAGUUGGACUUGUAAGUAAAAAAAAAAAAAUGACAUGUUGUAGGUAUUGGUAUAGUCUUUUACUCAAGUGACCAAUCCUAAAUGAACAUUACAGUCUGAAAUAAAGAUGCCCAGCAGAAAAAAAGGGGGAAUUGAAGGAUUAAUCCCAAGUCAAUAAACGUGUAAAAGUUGGCCAUUCAGUCCACUUAAAAGGAAUUUAGUAAGUGACGAAGUCUACAUCGAAGCCAAGAUGAAACAAUGAAAUGUUAUGUACUGUACACUAGGUAAAAGAAAACAACCAGACUUGGGGUCUAGACUUUUCAGAUGAAACAGAACCCUCUGGGAUUUGAAGUUAAAUCACAUUAAGAAUAAGGGGAUGAAAGAUGCCUACAAUGAAGUGAUGCCUGUGAUGAGUGUAACAGGGGGGAUGAAUUCUCUCUUCCUCAUAAGAAAACUUUGAGUAUCCCAAUACAGUCACAAAAACCUUCUAACAAUCAGUGUACUAAAAAAUAUGACAAGAAAAAGUAGGAAAAUGUCAUUCUAGAAAGCUUUGUGAUUUGGAACAGAGGAACUUGAACACAAUUUGUAUAUAGUUAAGAUUGAAGUGGAGUAUGGUAUUUUUGUUUUGUGAAUCUUAAAACUCACUAGCCACAAGUGGCCAAUUGUAUAGAAAAAGAGCAGUCUAGUGAUCAUCAGGAAAAUAUAUAUCUCAAAAACAAUGACCGACUUGACUCCUGAAAAUCUCUCUCAAGUAUACUGAUUGAUAGAGUGUUGAAGUGUCGAGGGCAGAUUCUAAGUUUUAUUGUAAUUGGCCCUUACGGUCACCUGGUAAUACUACCCCGCUACAUUAGCUGGGGUUAAUUUCUCAGUAAUAGUUAUCUCCAGUUUAGGAUGGGACUCUGUUGUUUCUUGGUAAUUUAACAUCUUUUUCCCAGUUUCUCAUUUUUUCAUAGAUUAUAUGUGUACAGAAUCAUUUUUGGCUCCUAGAAUUACAAAAACAAAAAAAAUUAAUGUCCUUAAUCAUAAAUUUUAGCCUAAUAUGUAAGCUUAUUUUACUCCCACAUUUGUAAAUAUUCUUUUUUUCUAGUCUCAAUGAUUCGUCAUUCGGUGUGGCAUUAUAUGACCGAUUUACAGACUUGUGGAACAAAAGUAGUUUUUUCCAGAUAAUAUGUACAUUUUUACUUUAUGCAAACUCUAGGAAAAAUAUAUAUUAAAAUAAGAUAGUUUUCUCUAACAUUUUGAAGAACUCUUUUCAAGUUCGACAAACUAUUGGUCAUUGGUCAACUCCCAAUAAUGUGUGAAUUACUCAUACAAGUAACUUUAAAAAUCUUAUUCGUAGAAAGCGUAGACAUAGAUUAAUAGUCUAGUAUUCUAUUAGAGCCGUUUUAGCUAUUAGGUCAUAUAAAAAGUUGUUUUAUGCUGCUCAA